UUUUUUUAAUUUAUUUUUUAAUAGCAUCACUGUGUAGGCUAUUGUAGUUAUAUAUACUACGGCUUUUGCUCGAAUAUUUCGCUCCAGCUAAUGUAAGCCUUAGAUUCAACACAUGUUAAUAAACAGGUUAGGCUGUCGUUUUUGGAAUAUUUAGAAAGGACGCGUUAUUUCCCAUGCGUAACGUGGUCAAUAGAAGAAACUGUGAAUUUAACAGGCUGUUGUAGCCCACUGAACACAGACAAGUAAGACUAUUAGUUAUCUGGACCUAUCGGUGAUUAUCAGCGAUUCCAUAACGGGUGAGACGUGGGAAUGCGGUGGUUAUCAGGCACUGAGCUGUCUGGCUUUGUUGUGCAAAGAGCUUGCCAGAAGUCGGACUGAAUUUUCGCCAUGCGACGCUAAGCUUAUGCGGGGCCGCAACUGCAGAAUAUUGCCUGGAGUGUUUGCACGACUUCCCCCGAGAAACAACUUAUAACGCAUCCUGCUAGGGUCUGACUACACCCCCGUGCCAUGAAGACCCAGACGACAAACCCCGAGGGCCGGACGCCCACCCGCCAGCGCCUGUCCCGGUUCCGCAUCCGCUCGCGGAAGAAGAAGGAGGGGGUGAUCCAGGGUAAGCUGCGCAUCAAGUCCCUCCCGGGAGCCUUCCUGGUCCUGGGCGUGGUGGUGGUGGUGGUGGGCACGGCGCUGGCCGUGGCCGGGUACUGGCCCUACCGGAGCCAGCGCUCCAGCCUCCCGGGGCAAGGCGGCGUGGUCCUGACGGACUCCCAGGGGUCCGGGUGGGGGCUGUUGACGGCGGCGAGCCUCAUCCACAGCGAGCGCAUGAAGCUGCUGGGCCCGGUCAUCAUGGGCGUGGGUCUGUUCAUCCUGAUCUGCGCCAACACGGUCCUGUACGAGAACCGGGACCGCGAGACGCAGAUGCUGCUGGCACAGAUGCGCAACGUCAUCUGCUCCGUGUCGGCCGUCGUGCCCUCGGCCGACCUCGCCGAGCUGGCCGUCAGCUCGCUGACCGCCCGGCACUACCAGUGGGUGAGCAGCCUGCCCGCCGCCCACCUCAACAUCCUCUGUCUGCAGGACCUCACCAGCUCCGAGCCCCUGCUGCACGUCAAGAGCUCCAUCAUGGAGGACGACGGGGACCCCGCCAACGACGACGACCCCCACCUCCGGCGGCAGUCGGAGAGCACCCAGCGGCAGAGGUCCAUGCUAAAGACAGAGGUGGUGCAUCACCAGGAGUCUGCCUCCACCCCCUCCAUCCCCACCCUGUCCUCCAACUCCGGCAACUCCAGCAAGGCGGACCUGAACGAGGGGGGGACCCAGGGCCGAGCCUCCCCGGGGGAACAGCGCCACCAUGAGGCGCCUCACAAGCUCAGCAACUGCCUGACGGCCUCCUCCAUGUCCACACUGGAGGGGGAGGACUGGGAGGUGGCGUCAGUGGUGGCCCCCCGGCGCUCACAGAGCCUCAGCUACAGGACUAAUCCUCGCAGGGUGUCCCAUGAGGUCACCUUGCGGAUGGACGUCACGGCUGACGACGACUCGGCCGACGCACCUGGGCGCGUCCCGAGGGAGUGCGGCUCGGAGGUGUGUGUGAACAUGGCGGCGGGCAUGGCACCGGACGAGGCCUUCGAGCUCGCCUCGGUCGAGGAGCAGAGGCAUCGCAGCUGGCCGCGCCUGGACCUGGGCUACGCCCGCCGCUACCUGAAGCUGGAGAACAAGGAGGACUCCGUGGACAAGCUGCUGGAGCAGCUGGAGCAACAGUGCUCGCCGUGGGACAAGAGCUUUGGCUCGGGGCCCUUCCAGUGAGGUCGCCACUCAGGAAGGACCUCUCCUGGGCCGCCAUCUUGGAUCUCCUUCUCCUGCAGCACGUAGGAUACGUCUCCGUGGAAGCAUCGGAUAUGGGAAGCAGCCUUGCAGCGGAGUUCUUUACACGUCCAUUGUCGUAGUCUUCCUAAACAAGGAAAGGCUUCAAAAGGACUUGCUGUCUUCCCCUCAAACAAAUCAUGGUAUCAUUGUGGACCAAGUUAUUAUUAUUGGGUGCGCAGUACCAUGGAGAGACCAUUCCAAAGGCUUAGAACAUUUUCUAAAAGGCAGGGCUGCGAUUUUCAGUGGCGCAGAUAUGUAAACAGGGAGUUGGGCUGGUGGCGAUGCUGGAGUCAUCUGAGAGAAGGCAGAGCCUGCGCUGUGGAAGAUGAGAGGAGCGAUUUGCCGUUUGUGUACAAGAGAGCUGACUCGGUUCACCCUGUGGAAGACGGCGCCACUCGUUGCCAAAGAGCCUCUGAUUUUCCUGGACGCCAUUUGCACACAACGUUACGGUACGGCACAUGGCAAACGGAUUACGAUUGGACAACUUGUCACUGUGCGAUCGACACAAACAAUAAACCCAAGGAAGCCCAAAGGUGCUGAUCCAUAUAUUUUUUGUUUUUUUGAUAACACAAAGUUCGUACGAGGAGAACUGUCUGGAUAAUUAAGGCAGCACACAUCAGAAGAUUAUGCAGAGCGUGAUAUCAAACAAACCCCACGAAGCAGAUUACUCUUCCCACUGUGUCUCCCCUACCAGCAGAAUAUGCGUCCCCGUCUUGGUCACAACAGGGUGGAGAGGCUCUUCCUUACACUCUCUCUGUCCCUGGUUGUCUCUGCUGUACAGAGAAAGUCCCCCGUCUGUGUGUGUCUGUGUGUGUGUGUGUGUGUCUGUGUGUGUGUUGAUGGAGGAGGCUGCCUGGCUGCUCAUGUUGGUUUUAAGAUCUGCAGUCAUCAGUGUUAAUGCAUGCGGUGAAGCAAGCACGUGAAUAUGACAUUUCAAGGGCCGCACUGUCUGAUGUGGGAAGAUGGCUCCACAGUGUUUACAAAACUAGACCCCUCCAUCCCCUUUCUCCCCCUCUCUCUUUCUCUUUCUCUCUCUCUCUCUCCUGGCCCUCUCUCUGUUUUUUAUACUCUUUCCUUCUCCACCUUUUUUUCUCUUUCUCUCUCUCACGUUCUCUCUCCCCAUCGCUCUCUCUCUCUCUCAUCUCUCUUGUCUAUCUUUAUCUUCAUCUCUCCUCUCCGUCUACCCCCCUCCCCCGCCUCCUUCUCUAUUUGGUCUGUGAUGCCUGUCCUGUAUGCCAUGUGACGAUCUGUGUUUCUAAAUGUAUGCUAAGCAAUAUCUGCAGUCAGAAGAACAAUCAAUCAGUGACUUUACUCAAGCCCUUUACCUUCACAGAGUGCAAUUUCCUCUCCAUGCCUGUGUCACAAAUAAAGAGGCAAAGCAUAGAAUACAAAA